AUGACGACGACGACGACGAUUAGUAGUAGUAUUCAUUAUCGUCAGGCUGGUGCUUCUCGCGCCUCGUGUAGCGGACGACGACGACGAGCGCUGCUUUCGUCCUCUUUGUCCUCUUCGUCGCCUUCGCUUCAUCUUCAUCGUCUUCGUCGUCGUCGCGACAACAACGUUCAGAUAACGACGAAUGCGACGACAUCAUCAAUCACUGCCGCGCAAAGAGAAAGAAGAAGAAGAAGAGGAAAAACGAAAAUAAGAACGCGUUUAUCAAAACUAUUAUCAUCAUCGUCAUCAUCAUCAGAGGAUACCGUGGUGAACGCUGUUACGGUGGAAAGCGCGGGCAAUGAAAGAGGUUGGGGCCCGACCCGAGAGGAAAUCGAAACGAUAGAAGAAGACUUGGAGUAUGAUUCUUUAGACCGAGUUGGAUGGUUCGAACUCUUAUCGUUCGUCAGCGAGUUUACUUCCACGGCUUUAGGGAAAGCGCGAUUGUCGUCAAGUGAAGGCGAGAGUUUGAUUUCGGAAGUGUAUUCGCAGGAAAUGUCGGAGUUGCUUCUGGAUGAAACAGAAUCAGCGAUGUACAUGGAAUCCGUCGCGGGCGUUUCGUUGGAUUUUGGCGGGAUGCUCACAAUCGAGACGAGGAGAAGCGUGCACAAAGCGUCGCAAGGAGCACCAUUGGGUGGAGAUGAAUUGAUGGCAGUGGCAAACUUUUUAGAAAACGCGCGGCGAUUGAAACUUUCCAUCGAAAAUGUCUCCCACGAAGACGACGAGACGGGCGAGAUUGAGGUACCGAGAGCAAUGAUGCCGCUGAGAAAUAUUGCGGUACAAAUGGAAACAUUUUCUGAGGUGGCGGAUAUCAUUAAAUCAAAAGUUGAUGACACUGGAUCGUUCAAAGAUAACGCGAGUCCCGAAUUACGCAGGGCGCGAGCGCAUCUGUCCGGUAAAGAAACGCAGUUGAAAGAGUUGUUAUCAAGGAUGCCGGGGAGUGCGGUUUCGUUUCGAGGACGCAUGUGUUUAGCGGUUUCGCCAGAGAGUGCUCCCAAGAAUGCGCUCGUUUUAGGCACGCAAAGUGGAUUAACUCUGAUUGAACCUCCAUCAGUGGUUAAUUUGAACACAGAAUUGGCAAAAGCAAAGGACGACGAGGAGUCAGCGAUUGAUGGUAUUAAAAGAGAAUUAUCGAGAGUCAUCAUGGAAGUCGCCGAGGAGAUUUUACGGUGUUUGGAAUUGACGAUUGAUUUAGACGUUAUUGCGGCGCGAUGUCGUCAUGGACAAGCGUUGAAUUCGGUGCGUCCGACGUUUGCAAGAGAAUCUGAUUUAGAAGACGCCAUCGAGGAAAUAUUGAGAGAGGAAAUGGCGAGGAAUGAAAUGAACGACGGAGAAGGUGAGGAGGGUGAGGACGACGACGAAGAAGAAAUUUUAAGCACGAAGAAUGCAUUCGUUCAAGCCGAACUCGAAAUUGCGAAAUCAAAAGUCUACCUUCCCGGACUCCGUCAGCCAGUGCUGGCGUCGCAAGCGGUGAAAGCUGCGAAAGAUAAACGUCGCGAGGCAGCUGAAAGGGAAAGAAGGAAAGAAGAAGACGAUGCGAGUUUGCAACCAAGAUUUAAAAUCGCCACGAGAGAAUCGAAGAAAAAAAAGAGUAAGAAACUCCAGAACGAAUUGAAUUCUCAAGAUGAAUUCGAUUUCGACGACAACUUUGAUUGGCUUUACGACAGCAAAAACGAAAACUCAAGCGACUCGAAUCCUUUCAGGGUGAAAGGACCGGUGCCGGUGGACGUUUUCGUGGAGGCGAGAACAAAAUGCGUCGUCAUUACUGGUCCGAAUACGGGUGGUAAAACGGCGGCGAUGAAAGCUCUCGGAUUGAGUGCAUUAAUGGCAAGAGCUGGUAUGUUUGUACCCGCGGAAAGAGCGCACUUGCCUUGGUUUGACUACGUUUUAUGCGACAUUGGAGACGACCAAGAUUUACUCACGAAUUUGAGUACAUUCUCAGCGCGCUUGACGACGCAGAAAGCUAUUUUGAAGCGUGCUACCCCUCAAUCUUUAGUUUUGAUCGACGAGGUCGGGACAGGCACAUCGCCUUUAGAAGGUGCUGCGAUAGCUCGCGCGUUCUUAAAAGCUUUGGCGGGAUUACUUCCUCGUCGACUCGGCGUUUCGUUGGCGUUUGCGACUACCCAUCAAGGCAGUUUGAAAGCGUUGAAGUACGAACACAAAGAUUCCGGUGCUUUUGAGAAUGCCGCGGUAGAAUUCGAUGAAGCUGAAUUACGUCCAACGUAUAGGCUCUUAUGGUCUGUUCCUGGUCGUUCAAGAGCUUUACAGAUUGCGCAGAGAAACAAGUUAGACGAAGAUGUCAUCAACUCGGCGAAGGAGGUCAUGGGACAAAGUUUCGCAACGCUGGACGAUGUCAUCGCAGAACUCGAAGGCGCGCGAAAAGAUGCAGAUAAAGCCGUUGCAAAAGCUAUGCAAAUGCUGAAAGAUGUAGAAAAGCGCAUCCCACAAGCACGAAACGCUGAGCAAAAGGUCUUACGAGUGAAGGAGGACGUAGCGAUGAAGCAGGCGACAACCAUCGUAAGAAUCUCGAGGGAGGCUAAAAUUCGCAUCCAAGGCGAAGAGCGAUUGAAACGACAAGAACUUUCGGCGAAUACGAAAAAGUCGAUGAUUGCGAAAAGUGCCGCCGGAGAAUCAGAUCGAGAGCGUGAAAUUCGUUUAGCUAAAGAGCGCAAAGCAGCCGCCACGAAUGGAGAAGCAGGCGCAGAAAAAACUCAUCAAGAGUGUACUGAAAUGCCCGCGGUUGGAGACCAAGUCAUUUUGAAAGCGAGCGGUUUAGCCGGGAAGGUGACGAAAGUUUCUGGCGAAAUCGUAACGGUCGCUGCAGGAUUUAUUGUCGCGGAAGCUAAAUUGAACGAGCUGGAGAAGUCGUCAUCUUCGACUUCGUCGGUGAAGACGAGCUCUACUCAAACUUUCGCUGGAGUGAAAAAGAAGCCCACUUCGCCUUCGAGAGCCGCUCGAGAAUUCGACGCUCUCCUAGGAAACGGCAAAAGUAAUGCUUCUUCGAGCGAUGGCAGCAGAAGAGUUUCUGGUGAAGAUUACGACGUCUGGGAUAACGAGCCAAGUAAACUCGCUCAAAUAGGAGACUCAGUCCAAAUUUUGAAAAACAACUUUAAAGGCAAAGUGGUCGAAGACGAAGACGGCAUGUUGACAAUCCAAGCCGGUCCGACGCGCAUGGUUGCCCCAAGUCAUGGCGUUAAAGUUACGAAGAAAGCCAAUGUCGGAAGUGAGAUGAGCGCGGGAGCUGUUAACGUCCCGAGACCGACAAUGAGUAACAAAAAAAAGAAGAAGAAGCAAAGCGCUUUUCCUUCCGGAACAAAUAUUACAACAAACGCGCCUCCCACGGUGCCACAGAAAGAGGAAGCCUCCAUCCAAGAUUUGAUGAAAAAGUUUGGAAAAUAG